GAAAGCUCAAAAUCCACUCUCCAUUCCGCCAACGACUCUGUUACCUGAGCAACCAGCCAAAGAUCAACUACCAGCAAGAACUCAGUGUCGACUGUCGCAUCUUCUCGAAGAAAUGUGUGACUAUGAGCGUGGGGCCAAGAUGACAGGCAAAGCUAGCCCAAUGAAAGGCAUAAAACCUCUACCUAUGGUGGAUAGCGGUGGUGAAGAAUGCGAUGACGAUGGCGAUUCGUGCUCAGGAAGUGGUGGUGGCUGCAUUUUCUCUUUCAAAAAGGACGAUAAUGACCUCAAAACAAAAGAAAUCGCAGCAAACUGCCCAAACAAACUAAUCUUCAACUCCACAAACGUCGCCACCCUCGCCUUAUGCACAACGCUAAACUACCUAUGCCCAUCCCCCAACCCCAACAGAACCCAAUUCGAGACCUACAACAACACGACCGGCCCCGCGCCCAGCACAUGUCGCCCCUACGCCUGGGAUCUCGCCCUCGACGCCAACGCCACGGGGACCCUCACCAUCGCCGGCGUGGCGACGGCCUCCAAUGUCUGGUUCGCGGGUCUGGGGCCGGGCUUGAGCCCCUAUAAUGCCUCUGUGGUGAUCCCCGCCGUACCGCUGAAGGUGACGGCGCUCGAGUUGCCGGACCUGGUGAACGUUAAGGGGAGUUUGUCGCUGAGCGAAGCGGAUCGGAUGGAGAAGUUUAGUGUGCCGUUGUUGGAGGAGAUUGGGAUUGAGGGGGUGGAUAUUGAUCUCUCGGGGACGGAUCCACCGGCUAUUGAUUUGUCGUUUCCGAGUUUUCGGGGGUCGAAGGGGUUUAUUAGUUUGGUUGGGAAUAUUGAUAGGUGA